AUGGGAGAGAGGGAAACAGUAACUCAAGAACCUAACAAGCCUACUGAUGUACAAGCUGAGACUCAAACGAAGACUUCUAUUGAACUAAGAUGGAAAAAACCAUUGCCAAUAUCACUAGUUGUUGAUGAAUAUAUGAUUGAAGUAAAAGGUUCUAAAUCAUACUGGCCAAAGUACUCAUUUUCAGAGACUUACACGCAGAAUGGUGCACGAACUAACAUGGUAAUCGACAGUCUUGUGCCUGGUACAAGCUAUGAAUUCUGGGUAACGGCAUCAGCAGUAUGUGGUAAGAGUGAGAAGAGUGUAUCAAGCAAAAAAGACACAGACAUUGACAAUCCUGUCAAGCCUACAGGGAAUUAUGUAGCUCUAAAGGACAAAUUUGACGUUCCAUUAUGGUCAGUUGAUCCAGUCAAUGGACCAAUCAGUUCAUAUCAAGUUAUCGUAAUCAAAGGGAACAAAGAUGUCAGUGACUUACCAACAAAUAUCAGUGGCUACAAAGAUGCACAGGAGCUUUACGUCACAGCAGAACUGAAACCAAACGAGAUCAAGUCUUCUUUUCCUGUUGGUGACAAUAAAAUAUAUGGACAAUAUAAAAAUGUACCACUAGACAAAGGAAAAACAUAUACUAUUGCAGAGAGAGCGAUUACUGAACACGAAGGAAAACUUUACGCGGGCCAAGCUGCAGUAGUAGCGAGAAUUGAAGUGACUCAAGAUCCACCGGAAUAUUCCAAUUCGACUAUCUGGGUUUUAGAAGGCGACGAGGUCACUCUUGGCUGUUAUACAAGUGGUCCUGAUCCAAUAAAAUACUCUUGGACUAAAAGAGGAACUCCUUCGCUCGAUAGCGUCGAAGCGAGGGCAAACGGUGACGAUUUAAUUAUAAGACUUAAAAGUGACAAGGAAUUUGGUAUCUAUGUAUGUACUGCUACAAACAGUGAAGGAACGGUAGUGUACCGGAUUAACAGAGUGGAAUUGAAGAAAUACAUGACAAGGAAACCUAACGCAAGUGAAAUCAAAGCAAAGGAAGUUGUGUCUUACGUCAUUCCACUUGUAUUGAUCAUUCUUGGACUGAUCAUCUGUAUCGUUUAUUUGGUAUACCGGCUUCGGCGGAAAGAAAAACAACACAAUGAGAAACGAAUGAAGAGCAAGUCAGAUGAAAAAGAGGUCUCGAAUGACGUCAUAAACAAUCCAGACUAUGCUGAUGACAUCAUUAAAAAUUCAAGAAAACCACAAACUACAACAGCUGACGAAAUAGAAACUUCAGGCUACAUGGAAUUACAACCAAUACAAAGCAGUGAUACGGUUUACCAGUCGAUACAAGAGCCUGCAAACAGACCUAGAAAAAGUGAAACACCACACACGCGAGGCAUGACGGGACAUGAACAAUACAUGGACUUAAAACCAAGAGUAAACGAAUACGAAACACUACAUCAUAAAGAGAACGCGCCAGGACAAGACUACGAGGAUGUUGGCCAGGAUUUUACAAGAAACAUUUCUUCUCAUGACACGCAAGCAUAGUUUUAUGAGGAUUGCAUGUUUGGAUCGGGUAGCCCAUUUACCGAUAUUGAACGUUUUAAAAAAGAUCCGCCAAUAGCAUCAUAGUACUAAAAAUCGCAGCAAUGAAGUCUUAAAUGACAAGUUCUAUCAGAUAGAUUUUAAAAAUAUCGGCUUAUCUAUAUAUAUUUUUAUCAAUUUUUAAAUAUUUAAAUAUUGAUGAAUAUUCUAGUAUUACAAUAUCAUGUGAUAAGAGUUGUUCUAGUCAGUAGCACCGCAUUUGUAGUGUUAAAAUUUGUAGUCGUCUUAUCAUAGUACCAAAUUUGCCGGACUAUAUAUUCAACAAACAAAGUAAUUCGUCCUACAUCAUUACCGGUUUUAUUAUUGUUUCUGUAUUGUUCUUUUAAUCAACAGUAUAACAAGCCUCAAAAAUAAAAGUUGGAAGACAGGGCC